AUCACGAGAUCUUCAGCCCAAUCCAGGAGUCCAAUGGAAAUUACCGUCCAAUCAUCCAAAUAGCUCAUGAACUACUGCCCAGCUCCUUUAGCCGAGGAAAUUGUUAGGUGGACUGGAUCCACCGUGGAGUUAACCAGCCGUCGUCCGCACCUUCAAGCCAGCUGUCUGAGCUGUCGUCCGCACCAAUCCGCCGAACGUCCGUCCGAUUCAUCCUCCUUCAAUUAAUCCAUCUGCCUGCAAGCUGAGAAAAAUUAUCCUGAGGGAUGUACAACCCGAACCCUUUAAAGCGUCUGUUCGGUUCUCUCUCUUUGUUGGGUUUUUUGAACCGCUUCUCUUCUCUUUUACAAGACUUCGAAAGUAACAAGAACCCACACACCGCAACGUACGAGGGGAGAGAGAUGAGUAGAGAGGUACGUGGAAGAUCCUACCGACGAUUCGUCCUCCUCGCCGCGAUAUAUCUCCAAUUCAUUUCAGGUCUAGGUGAUGAUCCAUCCACUUCCAACAAUGCAACAACAGCUGAUGUCCAUUCUAAUUCUAGUAGCAAGACAGGGCGUGAGAUACUUUAUAUAUGCCUUGGAGUGGCUGGAUUUGUGAUAUUAUCUGUUUUCCUUUUUAAGCAUUGGCAGAAAAAGAAGAGGGAAGAGCAACAUGCACGCCUGCUAAGGUUGUUUGAGGAGGAUGAUGAGCUUGAGCUUGAACUUGGUCUUCGGGAUUGAGAACAUAACUGUCAAUUGAUUGCACUUUUAUCCGGGAGGUCAUGAUCUUCAUUCAUUAAAAUGUUCUCCAUUGUUAGCGAUUGUAAGAACUUUGUUGAAUCCAAAAAUUUAAGGUACUUGCAGAUGAGAUCAGUUGUAUUUCAUUUAUCUGUAGUUAAUGUAGUGAUAUGAUAGAUUAGGAAUUCUUCCAGUAAAUGGAGAUUCCCCUUCUAUUUUCCUUCAGAAAAUUGAUCUGAACUUGUACAAAUGUAUGAGUAAUUUUCCUAAUAUACAGUGUCCAGUUAAUACAUGUUUGAUGUAUACAUAUAUUUUUAAACAGAUCAGUUUGUUUCCAUUUAUUCAUGAUGUAAGGACAAGCUUCUAUUAAGCCAGUUGUGUUUCUCUGA